AUGAUCCGAGGAAGAACACAGAGCAGCAGCGAUGACGACGAUGAACCUUCCGAAGCAACCAUGCAGCUAAACCCUAAGUUGAUCGCUCAAUUCCGCAAAGCAUUUCCUUCACGUGAUGAGUCAGCAAAAAAAGUUGUUCCGGUGGCUACCCCUUCUUUGGUGCAAAUCUCGAAACGUCUGACAUUUGAUGACAGCUUUUCUUUACCAUCUAUGGCAAAUCCAAACGUAAAGAUACUCGAGUUAAAAGAGGAGGUUGACUUUUUGAAACGGCAGUUAUCAGUCGCAGAGAAUGAAAUAAAGCGACUGAAGGCAGUUGAGAUGGAUGGCAAAGAUCGCACUGAAAAACUUCAUCUGGAGAUUGUGGAUCUGAAGAAGGAGCUGAUUAGGAAGAACCGAAACACUUCAUUGGAUGAAGUGAAGCGCGAGCUCUGCGAUACAAUCUGUUCUCGUGACGAAUGGCGCAAUGCCUGUACGCGUUUCUACCGUUACUUUCAGUGUGCCAAAGCUAGACUUCUAAUUGCCGAGGACGAAAUGCGCUCAAAGGGACUACUCUGCGAUAAAAUAAAGCUGGCGUUGACAUCGGCUUGGGCUUCAGCCGAGUAUAACACUGAGGAGAUUCGUAGAGAAGAUCUUGAUGAGUUCCUCCAGAAAGCAGCGUCUUCACUGGAGGAGUUGAAUAACUACGCGAAGAAGAAUAGAGAUGAGGAUGACGAAAUCUUUGGUGACGCUUCGGUAGAGAAAGACCACUUCGACGUUGAUAAAGGGUGCGAUCUCAGUGCAACUGAUACAGCGAUGAUUGCAGAAGGUGACCAUUCAAUCUUCUCCAAUAUGAGCGAAUCAAUUCUAAAUAGCACAAUUGCGAACACUUCAAUUGAUUAUGAGAAAGAUGAACGCAUUCAGCGCCUGGAACUGGAGAAUAGCCAAUUGAAGGACCGUUUGACUAUUUUGUUCGACCGUGCCCAGAAAUCGAUGUUGAUGGAAGAGAAAAAGAACAGCGCUGAGGAGAAAUAUCAUCUGCUGGAGAAGAAAAUGGAAGAAAUGCUGAGUGAACAAAACUCCUUUCGUUCCGCAUGUGUGAGGAAAUUAUUCGGUGUCUACGACACAGCAUCAGAAAAUCGUGCUGCUGAAAUAAUGAAGCAAAUAGAGGAGCUUACCGCAAAGUCAGAAAAUUUGGAAGAGGACCUGGAACGCGCACGUGCAGAUGCAAUAAAUGCAAAAAAUGAUGUAGAGCUACUGACUAAGGAGCGGGAUAUUCUUCUAGGAAGAAUAGACCAUCUGGUUGCAACCACUGAUGAUCUCAGGAAAUCCUUAAAAUGCGAGAAAGACACGUGUUUUUCAGUAAACAAGUGUUUGGAAGAGAAAACGGCUAGGAUAGAGUCUCUUCAGUUAGAACUUAAAUCAGUAUUGUCGGAGAAAAAUUCAUUAGAUGUGCAACUUUCUCAGGCCCAUGAAAAAUUGAAACAGUUGGAAUUGGAGCUACGAAACGCCGGAGGAGAGAGUACCGAUGCAGGAGAUGAAACGCAGAUUUUGCAUUUACGAAACAAUCCUCUGCAGUGUGCUGUAGAGGAGCUAAGGGGAGAAGUAGAGAGAGGACGUUUGGGGAAAAGAAAGGCGGGCGAAGUAUUUUUACACGACGAAUUAUCAGAAAUAAAACGUGCACGAGAUGAGCACCUUCAUGCUUUGGAAGCUCAGCUGAAGAAAAGUGAGCGGGAGAAGAAAGAAGCCACACAACUUCAAGUUGAUUUAGCGAAGAAGUACAGGGAAAUAUCCACUACUUUGACGGGUUACCAAAUAAAGAUGAUAGACGAAGGAGAAGGAAUAUGUUAUGUGAAUAGUGUGUACGACGAGAUGGACAAACAAUUUGUUUUCAAAUACAACGCAGAAACAGGAAUUGUAGAUCUUCUUGAUGUUGAUCAGGAUGUUCUUUCUCAAGGACGGCUAUGGGAGAAUGAAAUGCAAAAGUACAUCGGAGAACGGCAUUCUAUUCCCGCAUUCCUUGCUGCCGUUACAUUACAGCUGGAAGCUCGUCGUAAUCUAGAAGAUGUAGAACGUACCGAUACCUUCAGCUUACUUCAUCAAGAUUAA